UGACAAAUCACAUCAGUAAAUUAUUGUUUUAGAGAACUAUCUACAAAAUGUUAAUACCAACAUGUUUAAUAAAAUUCCUAGAAUUGAGUCUUACUAUAGCCUGUCUAACAUUACAUCACUACAGUUAUGACCUCACGGACAUUCCUACACUAAUGCUUUGCUCUGGAACCUACGUGGGCUACAUUGUAGUACUAUCAGGGGAAAUUGUAGGAGAAAUACUCUUAGCACCUUUGGACUUAGUACAAGAUAUGUACUUCUGUAUGGUUGGCAUGGGUCUCUUUGGCGUGAGUGGAGGGCUCGUGUUGUCGGCCAGGACAAAAGGAUCCCCCUACCCUAGAACAGGAGAUCACAACGCGGCACUCAUAGCUGGUUCUUUGGCUGUAUUAACGGCACUUGUUAUGCUUUUCGAUCUCAGUCUGGCAUAUUUGGAUUCGGAGCAAUAUGACGACGAAGCGAGCGUAUAAGCUGAAGCCGUGUCAGCAACUGCAGAUGCGUAUAUCGACGCCUGGUGGUCAGCAAUCGGCGGCGUACUAUUCGGAGCAUGUGGCGCCCUCACACUGCACGGAUGGCGCGAUGUUCCCUUCUGUCAGAGAAAGAACUAUGC